AUGCCCCAUACAGUAAAUCCCAAUCGUCGGGGUGAGCGUGAGCGUAGGCCUACUCAAAAGGCCCUUGAAAGCCAGUUACAAGCCUUACAGGGUUCCAGAAGGGCCUCUGUCAGAAAGCAGGCAAAGGCUAUGUUUGCUCAGGCAAAGAGUCCUGAGCCAGAAGUCGAUCAGGAUGUCGAAGAGGACGAGUUAGGUGACGAAGAAGUUAGCGCAGAGGAAUCUGAACUCAGUGUGAGAAGUUUGUCGGACAUCAACAAGACGUUGCAAAUUGAGGCUUUGAAGGUGAAAGCUGAGGCUGAGCGUGUAAAACAAGCAAUUGCGGCAGAAGAGUUCAAGCUUGCUCAGGUAGCAGAGGAGAGGGCAUUUGAGCUUCAACAGAAAAAGGAGUUAAUCGAUUUGGAGACCCAAGUGAAAAUCUCCACUGUCAAAGCAGAACUGUUGGCUGGACUUGAGAACUCUGGUAAAAAGCCUGUCAGCGUUAGGCCCAAACCCAAUUUGCCCGUUUCUGAAUCUGAAGAUGAUGUCAGCAGUGAUCAUAGGGGAUCCUACUUGGAGUAUUUAGAUAAAGGCGAUCCAAUGCAGUUCAGGUUGUUUGUUAGAGCUUUUGAGCAUGGCGUUAUCGACAAGACUGAUAGUCCCAAGGAUCAUAUUUACUACCUUGAGCAAUACACUUCUGGAGAGCCUCAAGAGUUGGUGAGAAGUUGCAUCCACAUGGAUCGUGCAAAGGGCUACAAGAGGGCUAUGAAGCUCUUAAAGUUGAACUUUGGGGAUGAGUACCGCAUUUCGACUGCCUAUGUUGAGAAAGCGAUGAAAUGGCCGAGCAUCAAGGCAGAGGAUGCGGCAGGGAUCAAGAAGUAUGCCUUGUUUUUGCUGGGUUGUCUGAAUACGAUGAAGGACAUAGAGUACAUGAGGGAACUUGACCACCCCAAAAACCUCCAGGAGCUGAGUUCCAAACUUCCGUUCAAAAUGAGGGCUCAAUGGAGAAGCCGUGCUCUUGACAUUUCAGACAAGAACAAAAGAGCCAAAUUUGAGGACUUUGUCACUUUUGUUGACAGGCAAUCACGUUUGCUUAACGAUCCAGUAUUUGGGUCAAUCGUUGACAGUAAACCGGUUUCCCAGGAGAAACCAAAGGCGAGAUAUGGAAAACCUGCUUCAGCAAAGACUAGCUUUGCAACCGCUUGUAGUGCAGUGAGGCCAAGUUCUGAUCAACAUAGGAACAAUGUCAACAAUGUGGGCAAGUCAGAUAGUGUUAAAUCAUGCCUGUACUGCAAGGGUACUCAUGGCUUGGACGUUUGCAGACGUUUACAGCACACGCCAAACAAUGAUAGGAUCCGCUUUCUAAGAGCGCAGAAGUUGUGUUUUGGCUGCUUGAUGAGCGAUGGUCAUGUGAGCAAAAACUGUACUAACAGGCUUCAAUGUGAGGUGUGUUCAGGAUUACAUCCAACCUGCUUGCAUAGGUCACAGAAAGUGGACACCGCAGCACAGGAGUUGAGGAACUGUUGCACGUCCGGGCUCAUUUCAGAAUACGCUAUGCCGGUUGUGCCCGUAUUGGUGAAGUCAGUAAGUGGUGACAAGGCAAUAAAGACUGAUGCCCUUCUCGACACAGGAAGUUCGGCUACAUUCUGUUCUGAGACACUGAUGGAACGACUGAAUCUUCGAGGAUCGAAGGUAAAAACUAACAUCUCUACGAUGUCCGAUAAGUCUGAGCCAUCGACCGGUUACCUGCUGAAGGGAUUGGAAGUUAGCGGCCUUGAUACUGGUGUGUUCACUGAGCUACCUGAAGUGUUUACUCAGUCCGAGUUACCCGUGAGUAAGGAUGACAUUCCUAAGCAAGAGGACAUUGAUAGAUGGCCGUAUCUCAGUAAAGUUAAGAUUCCAGAGAUUGAUGCAGACGUUGAUUUGCUGAUAGGUUCGAAUGCGCCAAAGGCUAUGGAGCCUUAUGAGAUUGUACAAAGCCGGGACAGUGGUCCCUACGUCAUUAGGACUCUAUUGGGCUGGUCAGUCAAUGGUCCCGUGAAACCUGGCAAGACACGAAGUGAGUUGAGUAGCUUUCGUGUUUCUGUGAACAAAGUGAGUGUUUUGGAGAGACAGCUACACCAGUAUUUCAAUCAGGACUUUAGUGAGCAUUUAGCAGAUGACGAGAAAGAGUUAUCUCAGGAUGAUCGGCGAUUUCUGGACAUUGCCAAAAUUUCAGUGUACAUGGAGGAAGGUCAUUAUGUUCUUGGCCUGCCCUUCAAGAGUGAUUCUGUUAUCAUGCCAAACAACAGAUCUCAAGCAGAACAGCGUGCAGCUACAUUGGCAAAAAAGUUUGCCAGGAAUAGUGAGUUUCAUACGGAGUACAAGGCCUUUAUGGACAAUGUGUUGACAAAGGGAUAUGCUCGAGAAGUGCCGACUGAGCAGUUGAAUCGUUGCGAUGGUAAAACAUGGUACCUACCACAUCACGGAGUGUACCACCCGAAGAAGAAGAAGAAGCUGCGUGUUGUGUUCGAUUGUGCGGCAAGAUUUGGCGGGACAUCUCUUAAUGAUCAACUCCUACAGGGGCCAAACCUCACUAACACUCUUGUUGGUACACUUCUGAGAUUCAGACAGGACAAUGUUGCAGUCAUGGGUGACGUGGAGUCAAUGUUCUAUCAGGUUCGCGUGCCCCCUGAACAAGCUAGCUUCUUGAGAUUCUUGUACUGGAAAGAUGGAGACACAUCCGGUCCGCUCAUUGAAUACCAGAUGAUGGUGCAUUUGUUCGGUGCCUCAUCUUCACCAAGUUGCGCCAAUUUUGCCCUCAGGCAAACCGCUUUGGACAAUCAACACCUGUAUGAGAAGGAUGUCACAGACACUCUACUAAAACACAUGUACGUCGAUGACUGUCUUCGAAACCAGCCCAGUGAUGCCAGUGCCAUCCCUUUGGUGGCUAAUGUGGUGGAGCUUUGCGCCAAGGGUGGAUUUAGACUCACACAAUGGACUAGUAAUAGUAGACCUGUAGUUGAGUCAGUUCCAGCUGAAGACAGGGCCAAAGGCAUGAAGGACAUCGAUUUGGAUAAGGACAAUUUGCCCCUUGAGAGGGCACUAGGGGUCCAAUGGGAUCCAGAGUCAGACAAGUUUGGCUUUAAGACGAUAGACAAAGAUAAGCUGCCAACGCGCCGUGGUAUCUUAUCUGUGACAAGCUCAGUGUAUGAUCCGAUCGGCUUUCUUUCACCGUUCAUUCUGAAAGCUAAGUUGAUUCUGCAGGACUUAUGCCGCCUUGGAAUAGAUUGGGACGAUGAUAUCCCUGAGGAGCAUAUGGCUAAGUGGCAGAGAUGGUUGUCAGAUUUACCUAAGGUUUCAAACUUCAAGACAGACAGGUGUGUCAAACCGAAGGACUUUAACAAUGUAGUUUCUUCCCAGUUGGUUCACUUCAGUGACAGUAGUGAAGCUGGAUAUGGGGUAGUGUCUUACCUCAGACUGGUGAAUGGCGAUGGAAGGAUCCACUGCUGCUUGCUACUUAGCAAAUCUCGUGUUGCACCGCUCAAACAUAUCUCAAUUCCAAGAAUGGAAUUGACAGCAGCCACUGUAGCUGUUCGUGUUGAUAGAAUGCUCAGAAAGGAGUUAGACUUAACCCUCGACAAGUCAAUCUUCUUCACUGACAGUACCGCUGUCAUCAAGUACAUUAGGAACAAGGGUACCAGGUUCAAAACAUUUGUUGCCAAUCGACUAGAAAUCAUCCAUGAUGGAUCUGAUGCUUCCCAGUGGUGUUACAUUGACACAAAAUGUAACCCAGCAGAUCAUGCUUCGAGAGGCCUGUGGGCAGACGCCUUCUUGAACUGUAGUUCUUGGUCCAAUGGUCUAGAGUUUCUGUGGAAACCUAUGGAGGAAUGGCCGACUUACCCCAGCGUCAUAGCCAACCUUGUUGGAGCAAACAACGUGGAUGAUCUUGAGAUCAAGUGUGCUGCAGUUGGUGCAGUUAGUUCAGUUGACAUAGAGGAUAGUGCGUCUGAAACUGUAAGAAAGCUGAUAAAUCACUACUCAUCUUGGAGUGGGCUGAAGAGAGGCGUAGCGCUGAUACUUAGGGUGCGUGGAGAGCUUCUGCGCCGCAGCAGAGUUCGUAAACAGAACUUAGAUGUUCAGAGGCAUGAUGUGACUUGCAGUCCGCUGACUGUUGACGACUUGAGAAAAGCUGAGAAAGCCAUUCUAGUUUUCUCUCAACGCGAGACAUUUUGUGAGGAAAUCAAAUGUCUUGAGGAAGGAUCAGGAAAUGUUGUGAAAAGAGCCAGUACAUUGUACCAACUUGAUCCAUUCCUAGAGGAUAGUCUGGUCAGAGUUGGAGGUCGGUUGAGUAAUUCAGCUAUGCCAAGGAAAGCAAAACAUCCAGUGAUUUUGCCUAAAAACUGUCAUGUUUCUCAGCUGAUACUCCAGGACAUCCAUAGAAACUUACUGCAUAGUGGUAGAAAUCAUAUGAUAGCGAAACUCAGGCAGAGAUUUUGGAUUACUAAUGCCAAUUCAGCUGCCACAAAGGUGAUUUCAGACUGUGUUACUUGCAGGAGACAUCGAUCAAAGGUGAUUGAACAGAAAAUGGCAGACUUGCCGCAGGACAGGUUAAUUCCUGACGAACCGCCAUUCUCUCGGACAGGAGUUGAUUACUUUGGUCCAAUCGAGGUCAAAAGAGGUCGUGGUACGGUAAAGCGCUAUGGUGUGUUGUUCACAUGUUUGACUGUCAGAGCUGUACACCUUGAAUUGGCAGACAGUUUAGACACGGACUCUUGUAUCAAUGCGAUUCGAAGAUUCGUUGCCCGUAGAGGUCAAGUUGUAAAGCUGCGCUCGAAUAAUGGCACUAACUUUGUUGCAUCUGAAAAGGAACUAAAGUUAGCAUUUCGCAGUAUUGACCAGAGUAGGAUCCAGCAAAUGUUGGCGAAGCAAGGCAUUGUGUGGGAGUUCAACACUCCCUAUGCUCCUCACCAAGGAGGCAUUUGGGAGCGCCAGGUUCAAACUGUGAAACGGAAGUUGAAGGUUAUUUUGAAGGAACAAUCUGUGAGUGACGAGGGACUGCGUACUUUGCUUUGUGAAGUUGAGGCAGUGGUUAAUGACCGACCACUCACUAGAGCAUCAAGUGACCCUAGUGAUUUGGAAGUUCUUACUCCAAAUCAGCUGUUGUUGUUGAAGUCACAACCGUACUUGCCUGUUGGAACAUUUGAUAAGAAUGACCUGUACACAAGGCGUAGAUGGAGACAGGUCCAAUUUCUGGCUGACUUGUUUUGGAAGAGAUGGAUCCAGGAAUACCUUCCCCUUCUCCAAACAAGGCAGAAAUGGCUCACUCCCAGGAGGAACGUGGUUCCUGGAGACAUUUGUUUGAUUGUGGAUCAGAGUUCCCCGCGAGGUGCUUGGCCAAUGGCCAAGAUUGUUGAGACUUUUCCUGACAAAAGGGGUUUUGUCAGACGUGUAAGGUUGCGAACAGCAACUGGAACUGUACUGGAUAGACCUGUCCACAAACUGUGUCUGUUACUAGAAAUGGAUGAACCUCAGCAAGACUAA